AUGAUGGAUUCGACUACCGAACGUGUGUUUAUGGGGACGGCCGAAAUUGAAGCCAUUUUGAAUGAAAUCAAACACAGAGAAAUUCAAAUGAUUGCUCAACAUGAACCUUCAAUAUCGGAUUUAAUUAGCAGUACUGUUACAGAAACAACCUUUGUUUCAAGUUAUCAUCCAAACGACGAUUAUUCCAUGCUGUCGGUUUUUGAAUUACUAUUAACAAAGACCCAUGAAAAUAAUAUGAUGAAUGUAUUAUCAACAAAAAACUUUCCGAUUAAACGAGAAAUAAAGUCGGAAAAAAAUAUUGAAAAUACAAGUAAAGAUAAGAAUAAUUUUCAAGUGAUUGACUACGCAAAUAUUGAUUAUAAUUUCAAUGGUACUACAACUUACGAGCAAAACGAUCACUAUGAUGUACCAGAAGAUACAAGUUUUGAGUCUCUUAGCAACAAAAUAUCUUAUAAUGAUUAUGUCAAUGGUUUUAAAUAUUAUUUAAACCGUCAAAAAGAUCCCGAUGAUCUAAGAUUUUCAAAUUUUAUUCGUUAUCAAGCUCAUAAACACCACAAAGUAGAUGAUAUAGGAAAAUACAUUCUUAACAAAAUCCCUCAAUUACCAACAACAAGACUAAAAAGAAAAUUUGUUGAGACAGAGACUUUAGAUGAUCAAGAUAUAUCGACUAAAAGUGAAGAUUCUUGGUUUAAAAAACAUUUCUUUAUAUUUUUAGAUAAAGAUACUCCUAAAAAAUUUCAUUCAGUACAAACAAGUACAGGAAGACAACAUAUUUUUGAUUACGAAAUUUUAUCGGACAUAAAUAAAUCUGAUAGAAAAAAAGAUAAAAUAAAAAAUAAAAAUAAUGACAACAACGAAUACGAAAAUAAUCGUAAUAGCAAAUAUGAAAGUGAAUCUGCUUUUAAAAUUGAUGACAUUAUGAAACAAAUUCCAAACAUUUCGAAUGAUUUUACAACUAAGAUGAAUAAAUAUCCUGAAAAUACAGAAGAUGACUCAACAGAUAAAAAAACAGGUAUUAUAAACACUCCACCUGAACAAUAUUUUAAGACUCCAAUACCUAUGGAAAUGGAUGAAUUCAACAAAUUUUUAAGAGAUGAAAAUAUUGAUGUGCUAUCCGUCACAUCUCCUUUAAGAGAUACAGUUUCGAAAAUUGUCGAGUCACGGAAAUCUAGUAGUAAAAAGCUGUCAAGUUACCAGAUGCUAGACGAAGAUUUAAAAGCAUCAACGAGUAAUGUGAAGAAAAAACAUAACAAGCGGGACCUCAGUGAUAAGAAAUAUUUUACGGCAAAAGAUGUUGCCGCCUUAGAAGUCAUUGUUGAUAUGAUGAAAAGUACCCCAGGUCUUGAAGGAAACAAAAAAACUAAAGAAUAUUCACGAAGUAAUAAAAACAAUUCGUACACACCUUUAUUAGAGAGAGAAAAUCAGUUAAAUUCAAUUCAAAUUCAUAUCGCAAUUCCACCAAACGCUAGCGAUAGAAGGAGGUCUAUGGACUCUGUCAACUUUCGUAAAGUAUUUUCAGCGGUACUGUCGACUCCAGUAGAUUUAGAAUAUCAAAUACUAACUUUCGAUGAAACUACAAUUGCUCCAACGACAGUUAUGCAAAACAUACUAUCUCCAGGCUUAUAUUUAUUGGUUGAAAAUACUAAUACUACUUGUCCUAAAGGUAAUUACGAAUUAAAGCCAUUAAGCUUGAUAGAAACUUCUAAUUUAAAUAUAAGUCAUGCAACAAUAACACAAUCAAAAGCAAUAGACUCAAUGAAAAAUACGAAAAGUUUACUAUUAAAUAAAAAUCCGAUGAAAAAUUAUCAUAAUUUUACAACAGUUAAUGACAUCAAAUGUAAGCGUAACAUAAAUAUGGCUCAUACGAGCAAGAACUAUAAUUGGAGACAAAAAAUUGCAGUGAAGAAAAGAAAUAUUGAUUUUAAUGCAGUAAAGAGAUUUUUCGGACAUGAUAGGGUUUGUCGAUGUCGCUGUAAAGUAAAUAAGCCUAUGUGCAAAUCAUGUGCUGAAAGUGAUAAAGUUAUUACAGAAUUAAUGAUCGAGUUUAAUAACUUAGAGAAAUAUGUGACUGAUCAUUGCACAGAAGUACAAACUUUCUUCUGGAUGAACCCGACAGGUGGCAAAAAAUUAAGAAGUGUAAUUCAUAGAAUUGAUAAAUGCUUGAAGGAUUACUAUAAGAGAGUAAAAGGCAAAUGUCAAGGACGAACUUGUCAAAUGAUAUCCUCAAAUAUUGAUAAACGAAGAGACUGUGACAAGAGAAUUGGUGGACAAACGAGAAAGUUUGAUGUUUUAAGCAAACUGAAGCGUUUUACAUUAAAAUAUUUGAAAAAUUCAAGUCAUACUAAACGCCACCAAAAUCAUGUAAAUAGAGCUGUUAUUAUGCCCACUUUACCUAAAAAGUAUACAGUGACAACAACUUUGAAAUACAGCGAAGUUAGAAAAGAUUUUUUAACAGACAACACAACACCAAAUAGCCCAACGAUAAUUAUAUUCGACGAUAUUCCGACUUCAACGAAUAAUCACGAAUAUUUUGACAUAAAUUGUAAAAAGUGA